AAUAUACCAUUUAAAGGGUAUAUUUUAAAUCUAAACACAUAAAGUUGAAUAAGCUAACGCUUAACUCCUGCGCUUUCACACCAUACGAGAAUUAUUUUUCAUUCAAAAACACAUAUGUUGGCAAGCUUUGAAUUUCGCCAGUAGUUUGUUUACAAUCCAGAAUGAGUUGGAGGGAGUUUGCUGUAGUCUUCUACGCUGGUAUUUAUCUACAAAAAACAAACCAUUGCAGCAAAAAUAUGUAUGAAUGUUUCAGUUGUGUAAAUCAGACAGAGACUUCCAUAGAUGGUCAAUAGACAAAUUCGAAGAUUAUUGGGAAACUGUUUGGAAUUAUUUUGAUAUUGUUGCAUCAAGAUCUUACAAAAAAGUAUUUUUCAAGACUGGACCUGGUAUCCUAGACAAUGAUUGGUUCAUGGGGGCUAAAUUUAACUACGCUGAAAAUCUAACGAGGUACAGAGAUGAUACGACAGCACUUAUAUAUGAAGAUGAAGAAGGGAGCACAGAUUCUGUGUCAUUUGCAGAAAUGUUUGAAGAAGUUAAAAGAUAUGCAGCAGCGUUUCGCAUACAUGGAAUCGAAAAAGGAGAUAGAGUUGCAUGUCACAUGUCCAACCGAAAAGAAGCUAUUUUUGCGAUGCUCGCUACAUUAAGUAUUGGUGCAAUCUGGGGAGGUUCAAUACCAUAUUUCGGAGCUUUGGCUGCCGCGAAUAUUGUAAGCAGAAUGGAACCUAAAAUCUUAAUUGCUGUUGAUCGCUUUCAAGAUAAUGGAGUGGAGUUUGAUGUUCUUAGCUGUUUGCCAACAAUUGCUCAAAAUUCAACCACUUUAGAGAAAAUUAUCAUUGUACCCUCACGAAGUUCAACGUUGUCAAAGAAUAUAUCUAACAUUAAAAAUAGGUGAAUUUUCAAGUCAACAUAUGCAUUU